UAGCUAAUCCAUGGUCUUAUGAAUAGCUAUCAGGUGACUAACGUAACAGCAUAUUCUUGACCUUUUUGAAAAGCGCGCGGCAAGUUCUUGCAGAGCCAUCUGCUGUUGACCAUCAUUGACAUUUCCUGAGAUUGUUCUACGAUAAUUCGUUCUUCAAGAUUUUUAUGGCUGAAGUUUUCGUAGUUUUUUCUCUUUUCGAUAAAAUUCAUUUAUUUAUUCAAAAAUCAUGGCAAGUGUUUGCUCAUUCACAAAACACUUUUAUUUUGACGAUAACACGAGACCUAUCAGAUCAUUUUUCGACCAAGAAUCCGAUAUUUACUUUAUUGGUAAAAUUGAGUUGAAUUCACAUUUUGUUAUGGACUCAUUCAAAUCCCUACAAGAACUUCGCAGCGAUAUUACAUCUUUAUCUGUCGAAAUGGAAAAUUUUGAAGUCAACUUGACAGGUCAUGAAAAAAAGACGAUCGAGCUCUUAUUUUUUGGCAAGAUUGUUCAAUGCUUAGGAUAUGCCAAAGCUAAUGAUAUUGAUAAUUUUUUUGAGCUAUCUUACCUAAAAUACCAACAAGAAAGCUCAGCGCAGACAUUUCAGCAAGAAGUGACUGACUUUUCGCCAAGAUCACAAAGUUAUAACUCUGUUGCUCAGAGAUUAUCAGUCAUGGAAACUGGUUUAGCGAAUUUACAAACUUCUUUCGAAGCAUUUGCUACUGUAGCCAAUAAGAUCUUGGCAAAAUUGGACCAAAUAAGUGCUUCUGGAACUACGACCACUUACACACCAAAAGCUGCUUUAACACUUUAUUAUCAAGAAGAAUUCACAAAAAGUUUAUGUUCUCGUAGAUUAGCAGAAGCUUGGCGACAAAAAAUUAAAAGCUAUUCUGAUCAGCGGAUUGAUCCUGUCAAGCUAAAAUUUAUCAAGCAGGAGUUUUUAUCAGGAACAAGCAAUCCUACAAAAUUUGUACGAAGUAUUGCCGAGAUCGUGUUUGGAAAAGAAACACUUAUAAAGACAGCAAUGGGAAAGGAUGGCAAGCCGUUGAAAGGUCUCAAGCAGGGUUUUGAUAGAAAAAUUUAUUUCGAAUCGGCUGAUGAAGCAUUAAUGAAAGAUCUUAUUAGUUUGGUUGACAAGGAAUUAUUUAUGGACGCCGGUGCUUUUGAGUAUCUUGUCAGGAGACCUAUCAACCAAGCUGGCAGAGAUGCUAAAAAAUCGAAAGAAAUCGAAGUUUAAGUAUCUAGUUAAGUAACAAUACUUACGUGCACAAUACUGUUAUGAAAAUUGUAUCAAUUAUCUUGUGAUUCAUAGUUAGUUCAGUGUUAGAAUGGUUGACAAAGGUAGAAAAGCAUUGAAAAGGUUUUCAGUUAUUUAUAACCCACUCAUCACAUGAAUUAAAAGAAGCGAGAUCUGAACGGAAAUCUUUUGUUACUGCAAAUUUAACGAAAAUAAAACUUAAAAAAACACUAUUUUGUGUAAA